AUGUGUAUUGACAAUUCUAACACAGAACUGAGCAAGCACAACACAGAACUGACAGCAACUACAGAACUGAUCAAGCAAAACACAAAGCACAACACAGAACUGAUCAAGCACAACACAGAACUGAGCAAGCACAACACAGAACUGAGCAAGCACAACACAGAACUGAUCAAGCAACUCACAGAACUGAUCAAGCAAAACACAGGACUGAUCAAGCAACUCACAGAACUGAUCAAGCAAAACACAAAACUGAUCAAGCAACUCACAGAACCGAGCAAGCAGAACACAGAACUGAACAGACGCAAUACAGAAAUGGUCAGGCAGAACUCAGCUGAAUACGCGACGCUUAGACUUGACCGAACAGAACACGGAACACAGAACAAGCAGAACACGGAAAUGACUCAGCAGAACACAAAGGAUCGCCUGAGGUCGCAUCCAGGAAAAAUGAUUUGGGUGAAGGAGAGAGAUGAGGAGAACCGCCAACUCAAGGAGAAGCUCCAGGAUGUUCACAACAUCUCCAUGACGUCAUUCGCUGGUGACGUCUGUCACGAGGAAUCUCUCGCUAAACGGCCUCGUCUCGACACAACGUUCCAGAGAAACGCGCAUUCACACGCUGGACUGACUGGCUUCCACUUGCACGUCAGGAACCAGUACGACCUCUACACAAUGAAGACCAUCACCACGAUUAUCUGUAUGGCUCUCGCUGUAACAUCUGAACCUAUCAACAAUUACAACACGAUAGGUGGUCAAGCAUUCCCAUACAAUGCUGGUUAUGGAGUCGGUGGCAUUCAUGGCGGGUUAUAUGGCGGCACACAUGGGGUUGGCAAGUACACAGGAGGCUACAGAGGACAUAUGCCAAUGUUUGGACUGCUGGGUGUUUACACUGGAGGUCAGAAGGGACUCCAUACAGGCUACAACGGAGGUCUGUUAAGUGGCAAAGUCGGCGGUUUCUACGGUGGCAAAACAAAUGUAUUGUAUGGAGGCGGUCUUGGUGGUCUCCACGUGGGAAAUGUUGGUGGUUUUAAUGCAGGGAAGGUGACUGGGGGUGUCUACCCUGGAACUGUUGGUGGUCUCAGCGCAGGGAAGGUGAUUGGGGGUGUCUACCCUGGAACUGUUGGUGGUCUCAGCGCAGGGAAUGUGAUUGGGGGUGUCUACCCUGGAACUGUUGGUGGUCUCAGCGCAGGGAAGGUGACUGGGGGUGUCUACCCUGGAACUGUUGGUGGUCUCAGCGCAGGGAAGGUGAUUGGGGGUGUCUACCCUGGAACUGUUGGCGGUUAUAAUGCAGGAAAGGUGACUGGGGGUGUCUACCCUGGAACUGUUGGUGGUCUCAGCGCAGGGAAGGUGAUUGGGGGUGUCUACCCUGGAACUGUUGGUGGUCUCAGCGCAGGGAAGGUGAUUGGGGGUGUCUACCCUGGAACUGUUGCCGGUUUAAAUGCAGGAAAGAUGGCUGGUGGUCUCUACCCUGGAACUGUUGCCGGUUUAAAUGCUGGAAAUAUACCUGGAGGUCUCUACGGAGGACAUGUAGGUGGUUACAAGGCAGGCAACAUCGGAGGAGGGAUCUACGCUGGCACCAUGGGCGGUCUGCAUGCUGGCGGUGUGCAUGCUGGCAGCUUGCUGGGAGUUAGGAACGGUAUCGGCCUCUACUAGGAGAAUUUACGAGGAGCCAAUUGUCAAUAUAUCCACACUAUUUAUACAUAUUUAUCCAACAAAGAGUGUACGGUGCGAAAUAAAUAGC